AAUCAAAAUUCAUAGAUUGGAAACACCUUUUUGUUCCAAUGAUGGCAAAUGAUCAGAAAUACACAAAAGUAUUUAUAUUUACUAUUUUAAAGCAGUAUAGAUCUCAGGAUACUGGGUAUAUUAAGCUAUGUUUGAACUCUGGAGGGGCCACACAGUGGUUUACGUGGUUAGCACUGUUGCCUCACAGCAAGCCGGUUUCUGGUUCACGCCCCAGUCCAGGCCGUUUUGUGUGGAGUUUGCAUGUUCUGUGUGUGCGUGUGGGUUUUCUCCAGGUUCUUCAGUUUCCAUGUCCAAAAACAUGGUGAGGUUACUUGCCUGCUCUGACUCUCUGAUGAGUGAUUGUUUGUCUCAUUUUGUACCCCGCCUUUUGCCGUACGUCAGCUUGGAUUUGCACCAGCAGCCCUCAUGUGGAGGAUAAAGGCUUGCACAAUGAAUGUAUGAACUCUUAAGUUGUAAAUGGCUCAGGAUGUAUUAGCACGUUCAAGUCUUUUCACCUCUUAUCUGACUCUGUCUAUUAUCCGUCAUGCUCUGUCGCGUGCUUUGCAGCCUCCUCACUGAGUGUGGGCUCAGCCUCCUUCCAAAUUCCUCACUUCUUCAUGCUUUAUAGAUUAUCUGAUGGUUCAGAUGAUAUCCUCUUCAUUCCUUAUCACCACUCCUUAUUGUGAGUGGUGAAAAGGUCACAGUCAGAUUAUAAAUUGCUCAACCAAACAGUAUGUGCCUCAAUUGUUUCUAACCUGUCGAUGCAACUUCAGCAGCUGGUCAUCCAAAGAAUGUCUCUGGAUCAUGUUAUACCAGACUCACAUUUUACUGACCUGAUCCAGUCGUAAAUGGUUUGCACAUGGUCAGUGUAAAAGCAGUACAUUAUGUGCUUUCACACAAAAAUGCAGAAGGUGCAGCUUCAAUGUCCGAUUGCAUGUACGUAUCGUUCUUCAAAGUACAAAUGUGUACUCUUGUGUCUUUAUUCAGCUGUUUCUUUCUAGCCAUGUCUGUGGUAGUUUGUCAGAGAUAUAAGUAACACAGUUAAUAUCUGAAAUAUAAAAUGAUGUCUUUUUUUUUUACCUUUGCACUGUAGUUGUGACUCUUGCAAGUCUUUUCAUCCCUUAAAGUCCUUCUUUUGUUUUGUUAACAUUUAUUCAGCAAUGGUCUAGUUACAUCAAUUUAUACCUUAAUCAAUAUAUAAGGUAACUUGAGGAAAAUGGUGCAUAUCAAUGAAAAGCAAAAUCUGAUCAUGCAGGAAACAAAAUCCAUUGAACUCGUACUGUUUUUCAGAAGGGUAUUGUGAACAGAAACUUGAAGUUGCUUCUAAACUUUUGGCCUGUAUUGUGUACAUGUCCAUACACUUUGCAUUGAACACUAACUCUAUUACUCGCUUGGAUCAUAACAACUUUUGCUUGUUGUAAUUGUUUUUGUAAUUGUAUUCCACAACCUCCAAUGGUUGUUUUCUUCAAGAAACUGAUCUGGCACCCCAGCGAGUGUAGAUUUCGUCAUGUUUAUGUUCCUAGUCAGGUCGAGGGGAUGUUACGGGGUUUGUUAUAGCCUCGCCCUUCCGACCCCUGAACCCUGCGACACCUCUCAGCGGUCUCUACACGGCUCUUCUCUGCUUGACUCUCCUGUUGUUAUUAUAGAACCCUCUAAUAUUUGACGAGGCACCUUCAUACUAUACAUACUAAUAUAAAACUAUUUCCUCUCAAAUUUCUAGGGAAGGGAGCUAUUUAGGAUAUAUGUUACGCAGCAUAUCUCACAUACAUUAUGGUUUGGUUACAGUGAUGAGAAUUCAUAUUUUCAUAUUAUUUUGCAUAUGAGAACAGAGUAGUUUUUCCAUAUUAUUUCAUUCAUCCAUAGAUCAUAUGGCAAUGCUCCAUCACAUACAAAAUCAGUUAUACAUUAAAAAAAGAAGCACAAUUGCAAUAUCUAAGAAAUAUUUUUGAUAUUUUCCACAAGUUUUCGAGAUGAACUUCCUCUCACUGUUGCCUCUGAACAGAACUGUCUAAACCACUAGAUGCAGACAGAAGGAUGAUGUUGUUGGCUGGCUGCACACACAGAGGCUCCUCUGAGGUGUUUAUGUAUCAUUUUCUCCAGGUUUGCUGCUGUUCUUGAAGGAUUUAAAAAAAAAACAAAAAAACCCACACACUCUUCACCCGUUAUCAAAACAAAGAGGUAGCCCAGCCACAAUGUUCCUCGUCUGUUUAGUUCGUGUGUGUGUGUGCAUGUGUCUGAACACCUGUUGACAAUUUAAGGCUGCCAGCAUAUCGCCCUGUCCAGCUCCUCUCUCGCAUACAGUAAAUCAAAGAAGUGUAAAGAAUCCCACCGCAUCGCUCCUGCUAAUUCCUCUUUUGACAUUUUCCCAGACAAGCCAAGAUGUAAGAGAGCAUGACAGUCCAUUCUGGCAGAGAUGUUAUUGUGAUAAGUAACAGUUCCUUUCUUAAUGAGGAGCACAUGGUUUCACAGGUUUCAUAAAUACGUUGCUGUUUCUGUUUAUUUCCCGCCACAGAAAUGGCAUCACGCCAGCAUAAAAACAAUACGACAACAUUUGUAACAUUUUUACAAAUCACCAUGCAGUAUAUCACCAAUUAUUGCCUGUUAACAAAUGUAAUCAUUUGCGACACAAUAAGCAUUGACAGGCUAUGGGAGGUCGAAAACUAUGCAUGAAGGAGCAGUUCAAAUCUGUUUUGGAGAAGUACUGAAAGAACCACAGACUUCCCAAAACAGACGAUAAUAUACAACAAGAUGUCAAACAACAAAUCUCCCACAGGACUGAAACUUUCAUCACAUUCCAGAGGCUUUGUGGGAAUCACCAGUCCUUUCUGACACCUCCAACUCUCCAGUUUUGUUUUCUUAUCAUUCUGUAGUCAAAUCACUUUGUGCUUUUUUUGGUUGUUUUCUAAACCCACGGCUUAAUUGUACACAUGCACUGGCCAUUUGUGGCUUAAGUCGAAACGUCUGGGAAGUGUAGGUUUUUGGCAGUGCGUGGACUCGUGUCCUUUCCGUAGUUCAAACAUUGUGACUUCAUCCGGCCUGCGUGACAAGACCCUUGUCAUGAUUUGUGUCAAAAAACAUAGCCAUGCCUUUUAAAUUACAUGGAAUCAAAUCAGGGUUAUUUUUUUUCACCAUUGCACACUAACCUUAUGUGCCAUGAGUCGGUUAUUUAAAAAUAGAAGUGACUGAUGUAGCGUUUUGUGCAUUUCAUAUACACCUGAAAUUAUACAAGUAUCUUUUUAUUGUUCAAAAUAGAACAUAUAUUUCAUUUUGUUGUUAAAAAUGAAUGGGGAAAAGAAACCUGCCACACAGCUACUUGAUGACAGUAACGUGAAACACUGUGGAUUCUAGUUUCCUCAAUAUUUGUGUGGGUUUCAAAUAAAACAGUGGCUUCCAGUUGUGUGUCGGAAGGUCCUGCUUAAAUGUUAAACUCUGAGAACCUCUUUAUCCUGUUCAAUUCUGCACAGUGAAGGUCAAACAUCCAUGUGAAGCAACAUUGAGUAAAAACACACAAACUUAAUGAAAUGAUGUAGAAUUAUAAGAAUUAACCGAUAUUUUAAGAUUGCAUGAUUUUCCGUACAUCCUAUUUCUGUGCACGAAUCAAAGCAAAAUCUCCCGGUCCCAUUCUGUGUGAGACAUUUUAGAUAUGAUCUCAGGAGGAGGGUCGAGCAGAGGAAAAGGAGGUGUGUGUGUGUGUGUGUGUGAUACAGACACAGCAGCUAAACCAAACUUUAUAUUAGCUCUAGGUUGUGACUGUCAUAUGAUGGCUUCUCUUAUGUUUGCAUUCUUUCAUGGCUUCUUUCUGUCGGCUUGAGUGACAGCACGGAAUGUACAUGGGGUUCUUCCUUGGAAAAAUAUUUGUGCACUCGACUGCUGUCUCGUCACACGUCUCCUGCAUGGAUCCAGCUCAAUGAAGAGUUUGUUUUUUUUCAACGUGCAUCAUGAUAUUUGGGAUGUCAUGCAAGGUGUCUUUGUGGACUGGAUCAAUUUCAAAGUGAAGGAAAAUGUGGACAUCAUUAUUCAUUUGGAUUCCGCACUUCAUCAUUCUAACAAUACGUGUAGAUGGCACCAAGGUGCUGCAACAGAGACGGAGCUCCUCAGUGACGAGACCGUGUCCGGCAGGUUGCGCAUUGUGCUCGGCCCUGAAUGGCUGUCUGUCCUGUAAACCUCGCCUCUUCUUCCACCUGGAGUUGGACGGGAUGAGGCAGAGGGGCACCUGUCUGUCCACCUGUCCCCGAGGCCACUACGGAAGCCGCUCACCGCACAUCAACACCUGUAACAGGUGCAAAGAGGACUGCGCUUUCUGCUUCAGCAAAAAUUUCUGCACUCGUUGUCGCCCGGGCCACUUUCUGUUUCAAGGCAAAUGUGAAAAUAGCUGUCCGAAAGGGCUGACGGCAAACGGUGUACUGCAAGAAUGCACAGAGUGCCCCAUUGGCUGUGAGGCGUGUGUGAGGAGGAACAUGUGUGUGAGGUGUCAAGCACAUCUGUAUGCUCUCCAUGGGAGGUGCCACCUCACCUGCCCGACUGGAACUGAGCCUGAUGUGCAGCUGAUGCAGUGCAUCCCCCAAGUGAACUGUGAGGUUGGUGAGUGGACGGAAUGGGGUCCAUGUGUUCGGAAAACAGGCCUGCAGGCUUACAAGAAGGGAGAGGAGACGCGCACCAGACAAGUCCCACGAGCCCCAACCGUCUACGGUAAUGUGACAGAGAUCAGGAGGCGUGUGAUCAAAAAGAGACACAGCCCUAUAGAAACACAUUUCUGACAUUACAGAGCUCUUGAACUUUCAUUGCACUAUACAAGUCAAUUUUAACUGACACUUUUAUCGAAAGAAUAAAGUGUAGGGAAGGGGG